AUGGCGAUCCGCGUGCUGUUGGAUCACUCGGUGCCCGAAGACCAGAUUGUGUUUUUGACACUGUUGGCCAGCUCGCAGGGUGGAAUCCACGCUCUGAACCGAGCUUUCCCGCGCGUGCGCAUCGUCGUAGCUGGUGUCGACCCUGGGCUGCAAAAGCUGCGGAUCCCUUGGCAGACGUCGUCGGCGUCCACCAGCUCGUCCGCCCGCAACGAGGCGAAAAGGUACACGGAUAACGCGCCUGUCGACGAGGAUGAUCUCUCACCUGGCUUCAACCGUGGCGAGAAUCUGCAUCUGUUGGGCUCGCCCCCGUUGUCGAGCAUUGAUGGCGGCAGGUUUGCCGUCACCAAGGCCGAGUCGAGGCCGCGGCAGAGGCAGCCGAGUACGACCCAGUCCCCGGCCAAAGGCAGCCGUGUGGUGUUUGCCAUCACUCCCGGCUGCGGUUCGAUCGGCGAUCGGUUCUGGGGUACUGGUUCACGCUGA